AUGCCACCAAAGCUCAGAUUAGAGGCUUCUGAAUUUGAUCCAGUUGGGGAACCUCUUAAGGGGUUUAGACCUCCAACACUAUUAGAAAUUUUAAAACUCAGAAAUUUCUACAAGAAUCAGGAUUUCAACUUAAAAAAUAGGGAUCUAGCUGAGAAAGUGUACCCUGAAACAUUAGCUCUAUGGCAGAAAGUUCAUUGCUCCCUUCCUCUAAGAACUAAAGCAUCAAUAAUCAACCAACUUAUUGAGCACUUCACCAAGAUUGAUAAAUGCAGACAAGGAAGAGCAAAUGUUCAUUUGCUAGCUGGUGUCAGGAGCAGCUUGAAGAAAGUUUUUAACUUUACUACCUGCAGAUGUAAACUCCCAGAAGUUCUCUGUAAAAAGGCUAGCUGUGAGAAGAAUCCAGAAGAACACAAUCACAUAUUUUGUUGCUGCCCACAGAACAAGAUUCCAGAAUCUGAAAGAGUUUAUUUGAAGGCUCUUUUGGAUGAGGAUGGACCUUCUGACAAAUACAUGUUUGGAGCAGUUGAUAAAGAGGAGACUAGAAAGGGCCAAAAUAAGAACAAGAGAAUUGAGAAAAUUCAGAUCAGAUCAAGAGAUGACCUCAGUGAUCAGUUUGUACAGUUAGAAGGUUGUGAUAACUACAUUGAAAAUGAUAACAGUUCUGACUUCAAGAAAAAACUUCCAUUUAACUAUAACACUCUCAAACUUCCAACUGUUGCAAUGGAAGCUGACAGGGGACAUGGCAGUGAUACAUUUGUGGCAAGCAUUGUCAAUGCAACCUUGAUAGAUCUAGGUCUGCUUACCAAAGAUAAUCAGGAUAUUGUUGUAACAAGACACAAAAUAAGGACAGCAAGAAAAAUUAAAAGAGAGGAAAUGAGAAAAAAAAAAUAGAGAGGAGAACAUUGGACAAAUAUCUUGUUUGGGGUUUGAUGGAAAAAAAACACAAACCUUGACAGUAACUGAGGAGAAGAAGAGACAAAACAUGGUUCAGGACCAUUAUACCUUUACUAACAGUGCUGGAAAAUAUCUUGAUCAUGCAACAAUAACAGCUGCCUCAACAGGGAAAAAUAUUGCAGUCAUGAUACUGGAAGUUCUUGAUAAAUAUGAGUCUAGAGAUACUCUUAAAGCACUAGCUUGCGAUGGAACAGUAACUAACACUGGGAGAAUAUCAGGGGCUAUGUUCCUUGUCGAGAAGGAAAUCCAAAGAAAUGUGCAUUGGCUAGU